AUGGCCGACCCGCCCAGUAGUGCCGAAGGCGAUACGGUAGUUACUGUAGAAGAUGCGGUCCCUUCCAGUGCCACAGCCCCUCUCGCCGACGCGGCGGCUGCGCCCGACGGCGAGUUCCCCGUGAUGGCGGAGUCGCAGCAAGCGGCGCACAACAGCUCCCCCGCGAGGUGCGGGUGCACGCCGCCAUGCGGGUCCGUGGACUGCGACCGCAUGCUGUGUCUGCCGGGCGACCCAAAGCAGCAGCACCGGUGGCGGUGGGCGCUGGCCAGCAUUCAGCUGCUGUUCGUCGUCGGCGUCGCCACGCUCGUCGCGCUGCUCUUCACCCUCAAGCCCUCCUCUUCCCCCCCGCCCACCCCCGCCUCCCCCACCACCGCUGCCUCCGAGCUCAACGCAUCCGCCGUCACCACGCCCCUGCAGCCCAAGGAUCCCAUCAUCUCGCUCAACCAAACCGCCGCCCCGCCAAGCAAUUCUUCUCUUCCCGCCCCCGCGCCCGCCCCUGCGGCCCCGCCGAAGCCGUCUCGCGCGGACGACCCCAUCCCCAUGCCCGAGCUGUCGAAUCUCACGCGCCCGUCGCAGGCGCGAUACGAGGGGCGGGAGGGAGAGUGGGAGUUCAACUGGACGGUGCUGUACGACCAGAAGCAGACGGAGCGAUACCACACGUGCGACAACCAAGCCCUCCCUCCCGUCUCUUGCAUCCUCCUCGUUCAUCCCUUUUCACCCCCCUCAUCCACCCAUACCCCACUCCCCCUCUCCCCCGCGCCCUCCCCCUCCGGCGCGCGCAGGUGGGCGAACCAGGCGGGGGAGCUGCCGGAGUGGUGCAUGGGGCGGCUGAUGGACCUGGUGUUCGACGCGGACAAGGGGCUGGGGCUCUCCAUGGCGCGCUACGCCAUCCCGGGCGGCUUCAACGCCAUGUUCUCGCCCGCCAUCGCAGCCACCAAGCACCCCAUGCACGCCUUCAAAGAGGGUCCCCUCGCGCCCUACAACUGGUCCGCGGACGCGGGGCAGCGCAAGGUGAUGCUGGCGGCGAAGCGGAUGGGCGUGCAGCACUUUGAGGCGAUCUCGUACUCGCCGCCCUGGUGGAUGACGGUCAGCGGGGACACGUCGGGCGGCCACGACGGGCGGCCCAACAUACGGCCGGAGCAGCGGGGGGCGUUCGUGGAAUACCUGGUGGACGUGAUGCAGCAGUACCACUCGGACCCCGCGUGGAACAUCACCUUCGAGUUCAUCAACCCCUUCAACGAGGCGCUCGAGGGCUGGUGGCGCGCUGGCAGGCCCCGCGAGGGGUGCUCCGUGAGCGUGAACGACGUGGACGUGAUCGUGGCGCUGCUGGCGGACGCGCUGCAGGCGCGCGGGCUGCCGACGCGCAUCUCGGUGGCGGACUCGUGGGUGGCGUAUAUGGUGCGCAGCAUGAAGUCGCCCACGGAGGCGCUAAGGCCCGAGACGUGGGCCAAGGUGGACCACAUCUGCGUGCACGGGUACCAGUCGAAGCACUUCCCCGAGUCGUGGCAGAUCGGGCUGCAGUACAAAGACAUGCGCGAGACGGCUGCCAGCAUUGGCAAGGAGGUGUGGCAGUCGGAGUGGGGGCCCAUCGACACGCUGGGCACGGACCUGCAGCUCGCCAUGUACAUGGCGCGCACGGUCACGGAGCACAUCAACAUCAUGGGGGUCGCCGCCUGGUACUACUGGAUGGCCGUGGAACCCAAAAACCGCGGGUGGGGGCUCGUCCGGUUUAACGGGGAUUGCGGAGAGAGCGUGGAUAGCAUUGUUCUGGCAUUCAGCAAGCAGUACUAUGUGAUGAAGCACUUUGCUCGUGCGGUGCCCCCAGGGGCACGCAUCGUGGACAUGGUGACCAAGUGCGAGCACGGGGUGGUGGCGGCUUACAGCCCCCAGCACAAGCGUCUGACCAUCCUCGUGACAAACCAGUCAUUCAAGGACUUCCUUCUCACCCUCAGAGUGCAAGAUUUUAUCCCCAGGGACCCGUCUGUGCCCGUGCUGAUGCACGUGCACCGCACGUCAGUGAAGGAGGACUAUGAGCUGAUCGACCAGAUGAACGUGCAAGUGCCGGGUAACGCCACCCUCUCCGCCACUGACAUCACCAUCAAUGCCGUCCCCAUCUCCCUCACCAGCAUCACGCUCUAUGAAGUUGUCCCAAAACCCGACAUCGAGGUUAAGCAACCGGUGUAG